CACAUCAGAGUCCGGGGCCGAGAGGCUGUGUUGAGUAGCGUUAAGGGGAUCCUGAAUUUGUAUUUUUGUCCAGUGCACGUGUAUCUUUCUCCAUAGAAGCUACCACUUGGGGAUUGAUUUUUGGCUAGCAGGAGGCAGCAAGCUAAGAUAACUCGAAGUAAGAAAGUUUUCAAAGCUGACGAUGAAAAGACUUUAUAAGAACGACUGUCAAAACAGCUCGAGCGACUUCAACCACUCCAGGAAGGCAUGUUGAACAAGAUAAACUGGAGUGAAGCCCAGCUCAGAGCCAUGUCCCCAGAUGGGAUGUAGGGAUAAUGGCGCCUCCUCAGCAGCCAUGAUGCAUUGACUGCUGAUGCUGCAAGGGCUGGAAUCCAAAUAUGAGAUUCUGAGUCAAGAAAGUGGCCUUCAGAAGCACAAAGAACCAGGAGAGCAGCGUGAGUCUGAACAACAGAAUGCUCCAGGUGAGCAAGAACAUCUUUGCCACAUACGGGACCAUGAAUUUCUGGGAGGCAUGGAAUAGAAGCAACCCCUAACAACUGAGUUAGAAGCUUAGAUGAAAGAAAACAGGCUCCAACUGAAGACAGACCUUCCAGGCUCUGUGUUCUCUUCAGAAACUCAUAAAACGUGGUUCUUCAUGGGAAGGACAGCACUGUUUGAUUUCCCUCCUACAACUUUUCAUUUACAUUACACACUGAGAGGAUCAUAAGACACAACUGUCACUGUCUGAAGGCAGAAAUUGCCAUGACUGACAAAAGCAAGAAGUGGUUUUCCUGAAUCACAGGAUGACUCAGGAAUAAAGGCUGGGAAUUGAAAAGAAGAAGGGGAAGAAAACAGCACAAAACAUUUGGUGUAAGAAGUCUUGAAUCAGGGUGGACCCCUAUGGAGGUAAGCUGUUUCUAGUGUAAUAGUCUGACCUUCAUGCCUUGGGCCAACCUGCUUCUCCCAGAAUGGAUCCUGAAGCUGCCCAGCUGGAGAAGCAGCAUGUGCACGAUGUGUACAAGAGCACCGCCCCCUACUUCAGUGACCUGCAGAGCAAAGCCUGGCCUCGAGUCCGCCAGUUCCUCCAGGACCAGAAGCCCGGCAGCCUCAUUGCCGACAUCGGUUGUGGAACUGGAAAGUAUCUUAAAGUGAACAGCCAGGUCCAUAUCCUGGGCUGCGAUUACUGUGGGCCAUUGGUAGAGAUUGCCCGGAAUAGAGGAUGUGAAGUCAUGGUAUGUGACAACCUUAAUCUCCCCUUUAGGGAUCAGGGCUUCGAUGCCAUCAUCUCCAUAGGAGUCAUACAUCAUUUUUCUACAAAACAAAGAAGAAUCAGAGCAGUAAAAGAAAUGACCAGGAUCUUAGCUCCUGGAGGCCAACUGAUGAUUUAUGUUUGGGCAAUGGAACAGAAGAACCGCCACUUUGAGAAGCAAGAUGUUCUCGUCCCAUGGAAUAGAGCCUUAUGUUCCCAGCUCUUCUCAGAAUCCAGCCCGUCUGGGAGGCAGAGGCAGUGUGGGCAUCCAGAAACAAGCCGUCCUCCCUGCCCUGAGUAUAGCUGUUCUGUUUGUUUCAAGGAACGAUGUACUUCAAAGCGAUCCCAUAGCUUGGAGUAUGAACCUGUCAUGACUAGGACCUGUUGCAGAAGUAUUUUGAAGGAAGGUGAGGAAGAAAAUGGAUUUUAUAACACAUUAGAAAAAUCUUUCCGUUCCUGGUUUUUCUCCAGAUCUUUGGAUGAAUCCACUCUGAGGAAGCAAAUUGAAAGUGUGAGACCCUUGAGAAACACAGAAGGCUGGGCCAGUGACACGGUAUCAGUCCAGCCCUCCAGACUCCCUAGUUUAGACUUUGAACGCCAAGAGCCAUUUACAACAAAAGAGCCAAGCUUAGAUGAGGAAGUGUUUCUGGAAACUUCUCAGAAACACUUGCAGUGGUUGAGAGCACCAGGUACUUCGAAGCAUUUAAAUGGAGACCAAGGAGGAAACAGAAGAAAUGGAGGAGAGGCUUUUCUGCCCAGUGAGAACUGUGUAGAAUCAGGUGCCUUAGAGAAAGGCUUCCCUUCUGAUGGUAAAAUACCGAGAAGAAUUUCUACAGUCAGUUCCACAGAUUCUGACCCAGAUGACACAAUUUCUGCUGACAAACAACAGCCCAACAUUUUGGAUUCAAGGGCCUUUAUGCGCUAUUACCACGUAUUUCGAGAGGGCGAGCUCUGUGGUCUCCUGCGGGAGAAUGUGUCUGAACUCCAUAUUCUGAGCUCCUGGAAUGAUCAUGGCAACUGGUGUAUUGUUGCAGAGAAAAAAGAAAAGCUGUGACUAACUGGAUCAUCUGGGUCAACAUCUCCGAAAGAUGAGCCAUGAUCUUUUCUCUAGCAUUGAAAGUGAAAGGCUAAAUUAGUUAUCUAAAUUAGCACCCAAUUUUAUUAUAUUUUAAAAUCUAUGUAUGCUUUGGUUUAGAGACUAAGAAUUGCCUAUCUUUUUAAUCUUUGAGCUGGGAUAUAGCUCAGCGGCACAGCGCCUUUUUGGCAAGCACAAGGUCGUGAGUUCAAUUCCUGGUACCAAAAGAAAGAUUGCUAAUCUUUGAGUAAGCACAGAAUCUAGCAUUUAGCAUAGGAUAUUUGUGCUUAGAUGUUAAUAAAAAUGAUCUGAAAAAGCAAUACAAAAUGCACUUUAGUACAGUUUAGAUUUUAUUCCCAAUAAAAAGAAAUUCUUAUAAGAAUAUAUGUAUAUUAGUUUUCAGUAUUAUACAUUGAUUUUAAAAGAUUCUACUCUUAAAUAUACCUUUAAAAACAGUAUUUUUAUAGUAUAAGGACAUAAUUUCUGGUUCCAGGUAAUAAUUUAUAACAAGGAAACCUGUUCCAUCGUUUAGAUAUUACAGUUUAUUGAACCAUGGGAUGGGGUAUUUUGUUGCUAAAAAUAUCUUGUUUCUAUUUAAAGUCUUCAGAAAAAUGGGAGAUAAUGGAUAGAAACAUAAAAGCUGUGGGGACUUUUCUAAAUCAUAAGCAAACUUCCUUCAGGAUAAGUACUGUAAAUAUCAAGCUUCUGAGUGUUGCUGGAAAUUUUAACUGUUAGCAGGGACUGGAUGUGACUCAGUGGUAGAACAUAUACCCAGCAGACAUAAGGCCCUGAGUUUGAAUCCCAGCACUGUAUGGAAAAUAAGGAAAUGAAAUAAGUAGAAUGAAAGCACUGUUAGCAUGCAGGGCGUGUGGUACAGGCAUAUGAGGAGUUGUUCUGAGUACUCUGGUGACACUUAUUCCUAAAAGUAUCAGAAGCAUGAGUAGCCACUUAAGAUAACACCAGAUUUAGUUGAUCAUUUUAAAAUCAAUAAUUAUGCUUUUCUUCUGAAUUGGAGAGAUACUGAAGAAAGUCUGGUUGGAGCACUGUUUUAUUUUGGCUCCACGGACAAAUACAUUGGUAGUGUGCUGGAUUCUGAGCUUUAAGCUUUAUAGCAAAUAUACACUGUGAUUCUCUAUUUUGUUUUUCACAAACUGAACAAUAUAGCAUGGUAAGAGGCUUGGAUCACAAAAUACAAAAGUAGUUCUACCUUGGCUCUCUUAGAAUGCACUUAGCAUGAAAGCCCAAAGAGAAACUUAAAACCAAUCAACAAGAAAAUACUAACUGUGAAUUACAAAACUUUUUGAUUUACUGGGGACUUACAAUUUGUGACACAUUAAUAAGGAUGUGAAUCAUUCAGUUAUACUCAAUGUUCUAUGCCCUCUUGAUGCAGGCUUCACCCAGUUGCUUACCCAUGAAUAAUUAAUCACUUUAUCUGGGAGGGAUCCAAGCUGUUAUUUAAUCUGUCUGACUAAUCUGAUGGACCACUUGUGAGAGCUGAGUGUCCAGCUGGAUCCCCACAUGCAAGUAAAUAAUGAAUGCAAAUGAAACAACGUAUUUUCUCCAUAGGGAAUUUUGUUUCUCUGUAGAUGCUACCUCUACGUAGAAAAAACAGUGAGUCAUAAUUCAUUUGUAGUCAGUGUAACUGAAUAUUGAAUUCCCUGAGCAAAUUACAGUUACAUCUUUGUUCAUCAAGGAGGGAAUUUGGUUGAAGAAGAGGCAUUCUUUUACGAGCUAAUCAUGUUAUAUCCACUUAAAUAUUCUAGUAAAUGUAUACAGAUGGACACUACUAGGAAAGGUUUGCUUUUCUACUCUAUUUAUGCAGAACAUUUUCAACACUUAAGGCCCACUGACUGGGACCUGAGUGGAAUUUCUGAGACACUGAAUAAGUGUGUGGAUCUGUCCUGGUUUCUGUAGAUGCUCUUAAUUUCAUAUCUGUGUAAAUAUAUAUACAUGCAUCUAUUCCUA